UCAUGCUGCAUGACACAAAGCGAGACCACAUAGGAGAUUCAACCACACAAGUGCAGUGUGGAUCGUUCUGCAGAUGCAAAGCCACCGUGGACUAAUCCUCAUCACAUCCUCAUCGUCAUCCUCAUCAUCAUCACCACUGAUUAUUGACUAACAUGCUGUUCACACACUGGACGGAGAGAGCGAACCGAGAGUAAGCUGAUCAGGAAUCACACUCGGCGCUGUUUGGCUGUUUGGAAAGUGAAAGACUUUACCGUGGACCCCUCGUCCUUCUCGACCUCGGCGAAAACCCCUUUUCCGCAUCGCAGGUUCCCCCGAUGGAGGCCAAGGGGUUGUACGAUUUCACUUCCACGGCGGACGACGAGCUGAGCUUCCUGAAAGGGGACCUCAUCAAGAUUUUGGGCGCUGAAGAAGACUGGUAUAAGGCCGAGCUACAUGGACAUGAAGGAUAUGUGCCAAAGAACUACAUCGAAAUGCAAACUCCAAGAUGGUACCGGGGGAACGCUAGCCGCAGUGCUGCAGAGGACCUCCUGAUGUCCAAGAGUGUGGGAUGCUUUUUGAUCCGAGGGUGUCAGAGCUCCCCUGGAGAUUUCUCCAUCUCUGUCAAACACGAGUCGGACGUGCAGCACUUCAAAGUGAUGAAGGACAACAGGGGCCACUACUUCCUGUGGUCGGAGAAGUUCACCUCCUUAAACAAGCUUGUGGACUUCUACAAGAUGACCUCCAUCUCAAAGCAAAGGGAUAUCUACCUCAAAGACUGCAGCCAAGACAGCAAAAGUCCAACAGCGGCCCAACCGGUAAAGAAGGGGAGUUUGCCUGAACAACGGAGCAAUGCUCACACAUCUGCAGCUGCAGCCACGCAGCGUCGAACCUCAGACCAACCCAUCAGCCAGACUAAAAGGGUUAGCCUAGAAGAGCGAGCUCACACCAUCAGUCAUACAGGUAGAAGCAGCAGUCCCAGUGGAUAUGUCCCCGCACCCCGACGGACGGCAGAAACUCUUCCUGUUCCUCGGAGGACAACCACUGUACAGGUGAAGGCGCUGUACAACUUCGUAGCGGAGGAGGAGGACGAACUGGGAUUCCACGCCGGUGACGUCAUCGAAGUGCUGGACCGCUCGGACGCGUCGUGGUGGAAAGGCAGGCUCCACGGGAAAAGCGGGCUGUUCCCGGCCAACUACACGUUGCUGUUGUGAGAGACCUCCCUGGGCCACGUGUGCACACGACUUAUUAGACCAGCUUCAUACAGAUUCCCCCCGUAGGGUUAUGAGCAAAUCUGUGCCAGAGACAAAGACACCGCAGUCAGCGGCAGAUCCGCUCCGCGACGCACUGCCUCUGCAGCGUCACCUGACGUCACCAACGAGACUCCAUGAGGGUCGGGGGUUAUUAAGGCGCUGUCGGUCAUCAGAGAACCAAUAGGAGGGCACAGAAACAGGGGAUCUCCCGCGACUCGAUACUUGGUAUGUUAGAGAUUUUAGCCACACAAAAAAAAAUUGUACAAUUAAGAAAAUAAGUGGUACUGCACAAUGUGUAGGUUUUGCGUUGCUUUAUGAUGCACGUGAUGAUGUUAGGUAUUUAUUUCCACAACGCCCUGCUGCUUUAUCUCACCAUAACCGUAGCUGAGCAACACGACCUGUCUUUUAUUUUUUUUGUCUUCUCAGUCACGUGUUAAUCGUGCUCAUAUCGUAUGAUGUGUUCCCCGCUGUGGCGUGGCCUACAGGUGGGCCCAGGCCCGCUCCACAUGCCCCCCCCCCCAAUCAAAGAGCUGGAUUUUGCGAUGGGUGAUACUUAUAAUAAAA